AUGAAGGAGCAGGAGGAGAAGAAGGUGGAUGAGCCGCCGGAUGGGGGGAUUGGAUGGCUGAUGAUUGCCUGUUGUUCGAUCUUGAAUGCGCAUACUUGGGGAAUGAAUUCUGCAUAUGGGGUUUUUCUGGCUUUUUAUCUUGCCAACAAUGUCUUCCCAGGGGCCACCCGUCUCCACUAUGCCUUCGUCGGAGGCCUCUCCAUUGCGCAGGCCCUUAUAGUCUCUCCUAUUGCAACAAUGACCACGCGGUUAUAUGGCACACGCACCACGCUCUUGAUUGGCGUCUUCUUGCAAACCAUUUCCCUCAUUGGAGCCUCCUUUGCGAAAAGCAUCUGGCAGCUCUUCCUCAGCCAGGGCGUCUGCUUCGGCUGGGGCAUGGGCUUCCUGUUCGUCGGCAGCGUCGUCAUUGCCCCCCAAUGGUUCACCACGAAGCGGAGUCUGGCCAACGGAGUCUCCGCCGCUGGAAGCGGACUGGGAGGCCUCGUCUACAGUCUCGCAGCGCAAGCCAUGAUCCGCAACAUCUCCCUGGCAUGGGCCUUCCGCAUCCUAGGCAUCAUCGCCUGCGUCGUCAAUACGUGCUGCGCCAUCAUCAUCCGCGACCGGAAUAAGCAGAUUGGAAGCUCCCAGCUCUCCUUUGACUACCGGCUGUUCAAGAAGCUGGAGUUCCUGGGCCUCCUUGCCUUUGGUAUCCUGAGCAUGCUGGGCUACAUUGUGCUCCUCUUCUCGCUUCCCAACUACGCUCGCACCGUGGGCAUGACAGCGCAACAAGGCUCCAUCAUCGGCGCCGUGUUCAACCUGGGACAAGGCCUCGGGCGCCCGCCUAUAGGUUACUUCAGCGAUAGUUUCGGCCGCGUCAACAUGGCCGCCAGCAUGACGUUCCUGGCCGGCUUCUUCUCGCUGGUCGUGUGGAUGUUCGCGACCAGUUUCGGGGUCCUGGUCUUCUUCGCCGUCAUCGGCGGAUGCGUCGCGGGAACUUUCUGGGCGAUUGUCGGGCCUGUCUGGACAGAGAUUAUGGGGCUGGUGGAUCUGCCGAGUAGUUUGUCCAUUACGUGGUUGGUGCUGGUGCUGCCUACGACUUUCUCCGAGCCCAUCGCCCUCGAGCUCGUCUCCUUCAACAACGGCAGCUACACGGGCGCUAUCUUCUUCACGGGAUUCAUGUACAUUGGCGCCGCUGGCUUCCUGUGGCUCGUCCGGGCGUGGAAGAUUGGGCAGGUGGAGAGGCAGGCUGCGCUGCUGCACGUCAGUCCGACGAGUGUGGAUCCUACGGCUCCGGCGGUGUCUGCAGAGGAUGGCAAGGGGCCUGUGGGCCAAUUGACGCCGUUUCUGAGGAGGUUGGUUAAGUGGGAGAGGGUGUAG